AUGGCAAAGAAGGCUGAUAAACAGUCUGAUGACAAAAAGACUGCCCCUAAGAAGAACUCUGGCAAGAAAGACUCGCCCGAAGACGACAGCGAAGAGGACGACAAUGGCGAAGGUCCAUCUGGCCAGCCUUCUUCAGCUAAAGGGAAAGGUCCUGCUCGAGGAGGUCGAGGAGCACACAAAGGACGAACGCUAGUUCGAUGGGAUAAUGAUAUGGAUGUACACCUUUUGCUCGUCAUUCAACAAGUUUGUAAUGCUACUGGUUACAAGCUCCCCUGGGUGAAGAUUGCUGAGGCAAUGGGUCCCAAGUACACCGAUAGCGGGAUCAUCCAGCAUAUUUCGAAGCUGCGCAUUCGUCGCAAGAACGAGGGAAAGCCAGUUCCUCCCCUUCUCCGUUGCGCUAUGAAAAAAGCAGGCAUGCCAAGUGGAAGGGCUCCUAGAAAAAAAUCAGAGAAAAUUGCAGGCGGAGGCCCCGGGGGUUCUGCAGCUGGCACAGGCACGAAGAGAAAGAGGGCAAUCAAGGAAGAGUCUUCGAGCGAGGAGAGCUCGGAUGGGGCCGACAAUCGUGAGGAUCCUACUUACCGACCUAAGCGUUCCAAGAUCGUGAAGAACGAAAUGCGUCCGGGUGGAAAGGGUGGGAAAGGUUCGAGCCAGUCCGCACAGUCGAGCAGUACCGGCGCGGGCAGCAGCAGGGGCUUGCUCUGUGCCCAAGCCCCAUUUCUUAAACUAAAGGAUCGGGAUGAUGUCAGUACUGACUCUGAGCCUUCUUUUUUUUCUGAUGCGUACUCGGAGGAAGAUGACAGGAAUGAGCAGUCGAUUGUGGUGGCUCUGAGAGUUGAUCCUGGGGCACUUGAAAAUCUUCGACUGACUGGAAAUGUUCGUCCGCCUAUGCCCGAAGCCACCGAGGAGUCUCUGGCUUUAGCCUCUAGGCCAUGGUUGCCGGUUAGCAGGGAGCCCGUAGCUCCAAAUUUGGCCGGGAUCACUUCGCCCAUCAUGCCGGCCAUGGGCCCUAUGGGCCCUCCACCUUCGAUACCGGGUAGCGACCCCUACCUUCCGGCCUGGGACGCGACUUUCCAAGGGUAUCCCAUGUACCCAGGUCAGCACCCUUAUCAAGGUCAACAAGGAGCUGAAGGUCAAACAGGAUCUCAUGGUCAAACAGGACCAAACAGUCAUCUUGGUAUCUAUGGCGGAAUGCCAUGGUACCCGCCUCCCUCGCCUAUUGCCUAUGACAGCGCGACCACGCCUCCGUCGCAUGGCUAUCACCAAGGCAUGUACCAGUACCCAAGCCAGGGUCGAGGUAUGGCUGGCGAUAGCAGUCAGUACCCAAUGGCCUUCCCAGGAAUUUACGGCAUGCCCUACGGUAUGCCAUACGCCAUGGGCCCUUUCGCGAUGAACCGUGGUAUGAACCAGGGAAACACUUUCAUCGGCAUUGGACGUGGUUCGAGCCCUCUUGAUGCGGAUGCCAUGACUCCAAGCAUGGAUCGAGGCAUGAGCCAGAUGGACGAAGAAAUGCUUCAAGCCCUGGAUCGGGGCAUAAAUUCGAUGGGUCAAAUGCCCCAAAGGGCACCUCAGGGCAUGGAUCGGGGCAUGGGUUCGAUGAGCCAAACGCCAGGCGAGGGAGACUAUAUCAUCGGGCCAUCCAUUCUCGAUCCUCGGCUUGCUGCUAUGCAGCGGGCAAUGGGUGAAGAGCACUCGGCGUAUCAUGGUUCAGAUGGUACCACAUCUGAAGUAUCCCGACGUACGGAGCGACACGUUCAUCAGUCCGUGGAUAAUUCUGUGAGGAAACCGGUCAAGGAGGAGCCUAUGGAGGAGCCGGCCAAACAGCCUGGGGAGAAUUCCGAGGAGGAGCCCAGGUGCAUCGAAGACGAAGAGCAUGAGGAUCAUGAGCUGUUCUAUGGCUUGAAAGAAUCUAGCAGUGACGGGCUAGACAAAUUCACUAGGGACUUCAUGGGAGCUCACUGA